AUGCAUCCUCAAGAGAAUAUUCACGAGGCAUGGAAGAGAUUCAAACACCUGAUGAAGAUAUGCCCCAACCACGGGUUAAGCCCGGGGCAACAGAUCGUGAUUGAGAGGGUGGCCUCCAACGAUGAUGGGUGGAAGAAUGAGAGAAGCAAAACCUACAGGGUGGCGUCCGCAUCGGAUGUUGACAAGAUGGAUAUGAUGUCCAAGCUGCUGGAUUUCUUGACUAGUAAGUUCGGCAGUAUGGAAACAGAGCCAACCAGGCUCGAGAGUGAAGAGGUGAAUUACGUGCACCAAGGCGGCAACAAUCGGAAUUUCAACAACAACUACCGCCACAAUCAAGGGGGUGGUAACUUCAACAACUUUGGGAAUAAGGCACAUCCCAAUUUGUCUUAUGGGAAUCCUCACAAUGCCCUGCAGCCACCUCCGGGGUUUCAAGUGUCGAACGGACAAGUCAUUGAGCCGAAGAAGAAUGAGCUUGGAGAUGUCUUGAUGACGUUUAUGAAGCAGACAGGGGAAAUUAUGGCCAAUUCUGAUAUGAGACUAAAGCAGGUAGAGACUGAUGUGCAGAGCCUGGGCAUUCUAAUGAAGAGCAUCGAUACUCAGAUGAGCCAGAUUUCACAGGCUGUGGGUAUUCAACAUCAACCGGGCCAGUUUCCCUCACAUACCAUUGUCAAUCCCAAGGACUGCAAGGACUGCAAAGCCAUCAAUCUAAGGAAUGGCAAAAGCUAUGAAUGUCCAACCAUGCCUGCAGAGAAAGAGAAGAUCUCGCAAGAAGAGGUGGUUGUAGACGAUGUAGUGGAAGAAGAGGAAGAGCCAGUGAAGGAAGUACCGCCUCCCAAGGAAAACACUGUGAUACCUGUACCCCCAGUCGAAGUGAAAAUUCCAUUCCCACAGCAUGUGCAGAAGAAGAAGCUAGAUGAUCAGGGCUUUAGAUUUUUUGACAUUUUCAGAAAGGUACACAUCAACAUUCCGUUGAUAGAGGCGUUGCAGCAAAUGCCUAGCUACGCCAAAUUUAUGAAAGAUGUUAUCUCCAAGAAGAGGAGAUGGGUGGAGCACGAGACCGUCAACUUGACGAAGAGCUGUAGUGCCAUUAUCCAGAAGAAACUGCCCGCUAAGAUGAAAGAUCCUGGAAGCUUAACUAUAUCGUGCAUAGUGGGGGAUAGCCAAGUGGGCAAGGCACUGUGUGACUUGGAAGCGAGCAUUAAUCUUAUGUCAUUCUCGUUCUUUCAAAAGCUGAAGAUUGGGACAAUGAGGCCCACCACCAUCACACUCCAUAUGGCCGACCGAUCUGUGUCGUAUCCGAGGGGGAUUGUUGAAGAUAUACUCAUCAAAGUCAAUGACUUCAUCUUCCCUGUGGAUUUUGUGGUGCUUGAUAUGGAGGAAGACCGCAAUGUUCCUCUUAUACUGGGUAGAACUUUCCUAGCUACAGGGAAGGCAAUGAUCGACGUGCAGAAGGGAGAGCUCACACUCCGACUUAAUGAUGAGAGCGUCACAUUCUCCAUCUACAAUGCAAUGCAGAGGCACGAUGAUGAAGAUGCGUGGAGAGUAGAGCACUGUAACAUGGUUGAAGUGGUCGAUGAUUGUGUGAAGGAAGUGACUUAA